CCCCCAUACUGAGCAUUGCAAUUCAUAUGGAACGUUUUUGUCUGCCGUGUUCUGGAACCUGUAGUCGGGAAGAACUUUCAAAACAUUCUCUCCCUGUCUCUUUCUCUACACCUUUCUCCCUUGCUCCCUCUCUUUCCUCUCCUGAGUCUCUCCCUCUGUGUCUUUUUUCCUCUCUCACCCUUUCUCUGCAUCUCUCUUCCCUCUCUCAUUUUCUUUUUUCUCUCUCUCCAUGUCUCUCUCUCUCUCUCUCUCUCUCUCCUUCAGGUUAAGAUAUGCUUUUUGCCAUUACUACACAUUGUAAUGUAUUUUCAAAGCCAAAAAAAUAGCUCUGACGAAAAUGGCUGGAAGAGAAUUAUCACACAGCCACCAAUGAGUGAAUGACAUCACACACGUGGUCAUAGCUGCUAAAGUACGUCAGUCUGAACGGGACGCAUGCUGCGAAUGGAAACCCCACCGUGGAGCCCUUUCCAGAGGGUGCUGAGAUGGUCGUGCUGGGAAUGGGCUGUUUUUGGGGCGCGGAGAGGCGUCUCUGGCGGGUGCCGGGCGUCUUCUCCACCCAGGUGGGCUACUCCGGAGGCCACACCCCAAAUCCCAACUACCAGGAAGUGUGCUCAGGCCUAACGGGUCACACAGAGGUGGUGAGAGUGGUCUUCUUCCCCAGGGAAGUGAGUCUGGAGAAGCUGCUGAAAAUCUUCUGGGAGAGCCACAACCCUACAGAAGGUAUGAAGCAGGGGAUUGACUACGGAACGCAGUAUCGCUCUGCAAUCUACACCUACACCGCCCAGCAGCUACACCUGGCCAGGCAGAGUAAGGAGGCCUACCAACAGGUGUUGGCCAAGGAGGGCUACGGCCCAAUCACCACGGAGAUCAGAGAGGCCGGUGAGUUCUACUACGCGGAGGACUACCACCAGCAGUACCUGCACAAGGUGCCCACGGGGUACUGCGGGCUCCGGGGCACGGGGGUCACCUGCCCGGCUGGGGGCGGCGAGAGGGACGAGCUCUGACCGAAGGGGCUGAUGAAGAGGAGGAGCGCGAGGAAGAGGAGUGGAGUGUGACGAUGGCGAAGCAGCUGGGGUGUGUAGCUCAGGUUAGAGCGGGGAGGGGGGCGGGGGGGGGUCUGCGGCCUGGGUCUCAGAGAGCUUGCUCCUGUUUUCUCCAUUGUUAUUCUGCUCCGUGUUGAGGUCACAGAUACGGGAUUAGAGUGUUCUUAGCUGAACAUUCCGCUGCUGAUGUUGCCGAUAGCAACGAGAGUUCUAGAACACCGACUUGAAAGUUUUGAAAAAAAAAACAUUCCAAAAAAAAAAAAACCUACUCUUCAAAGGGUUAAAACGGCUGAUUACAUCAUUAACUCAGCUCUCCUGCUUUGCUUGAACUGGUCAUUAGUUUUAAGGUGAAAAUUAAAAAGCCCCCCUGUGGAUUCUGCCACUCUUCAGGACCGGGGUCUUCACGUAAACAUAGUUUGAUUUUUAAAAGUUUUAAAACGUGUUAUUUUUUUUAAAUAAAUGUUCGCCGAUUCUCCGCCCCGCCUCGCCCGGUCAUCGGGCCCUCGGACGGCAGCCCUGGGGCGCUCUGGGUUCGAGGGCCCGUGGCCAGUGCUGGAAGCUGCUGAUCCGGCUGCUCUCUGGAUGAUAUCUGCUGUAAUUAAACUCGUGCUUAUGUGACAGGACGCCGGCGAGGAUCAGUGCUCUCUGUGAGCUGCGGUCCUGUGUGUGCGGAGAGCAGUGGCGUUGGAGCGCUGUUCUCUGCUGUUGACUCGCCGCGUGCGAACGACUGCGUCACUGUGCGUUCACCACACGCUGUACUUUUCUGUACUGUGCUUUUCGUUUUUAUCCCCAAUACUUUGAUAUUUUGUACUGAUUUUCUACUGGAAAUAAGCUGUGUGCAUUAUUUCUUUUUAGUUUGUGUCUUGUUUUUAACAAACUUUUGAGAAGAAAA